AUGCUCACUUUUCUUUUUCUCAACUCAGAUCAAACAUAUCAAACGUCAACGUCUGAACGCGAACGCGGCGAUUGGAAUGAAGGCUUUGAGUUCCGUGUAACAUUUCAUACACAGCUUUUUGACAGUCUUCAACUUGAUCUGUAUGAUAGAAACAUCCUUUUGCGUGAUAGACAUGUGGGUCGAGCCGAGAUCAAGCUUUCACACCUGGAAGGUCUCCCAGAAUCAUUCACAAGUUUUUACGAGAUUUGGGAUAGGACAAAAUCUGUCAGCACAAUGUCCAAUCUUGCAGGAAAGAAAACCCUUUCGUCCAAUAUCGGCGCGAUUCAACUUCGGAUAAACUACCGAUACCAACGGUUACCCCAAUCAGCAGAUGAUAUGGCGCAUGCAGACCCUAUAGUACCAGCUCCUAGCAUCUCCAGGCAACUAGAAGAUGAUUCUGAUUUCUUGGCCCAGCUAUCAGAGGCCAUGAUGGAUGAGGCAUCAGAUACUCGGUUUGAAAAGUAUGAGGAUCCAAUGACCAAAGAGAGCAGCGCAAAACAACAAUCAGAACUUCGGUUUGCGACAGUCACCGAGGACGAUGAUGACAGUGUGGUGCAAUACCCUCUUUUAGAUAUGGUUGGGGCAUGGACAAUUGCAGCGGAGACAAAGAAAGUUGUCAAAGCAGUUAUGCGUCUGGCAUCUGCCUAUGGUCAAGGGCUUGAGCUGACGAAUGCACAGAUUUUGACAGCAGUUGUAGUUCUGGAGAGGUUUUAUCGUGAUAUUACGAGUGAGAGAAUGGACACAGGGCUGGCCACACUUGAGCAAGUGGAGCAUGCUGGAUAUUUUUGGCGCUUCUCUAUGGCCUGUUACGGAUGGGCAGGUAUUAAUUUUGUGGGCAAGGGAAAUGGCAUUAUUAAGGACUUUGUCCGAUGGCGAUCCGACCAUGAGUGUGCGAUCGAUUUUCUUCGCAUACCCAAAGAGGACUUAUUAGCGUUCGAAUUCCGUGCAUCCAAAGUAUUUCAUCCGAGCUACUACGUAGCGCUCGAUCGAGCCACCAACUCGAUUGUCCUUGCUAUCCGUGGCACGAUGAGCGCGUUUGAUACCUUGACGGACCUUGCUUGUGAAUAUCAGCAAUGGAAAGGAGGACUGAUACACGGCGGCAUGAAAACGUCAGCAGAUUGGUUUAUGAAAAAUUUGGUUCCGCAACUUGUAGCAUAUAUCUCGAAGCACAAGGUCUCAGCGCUCAACAUUGUGGGUCACAGUCUCGGUGGAGGAACAGCUUCGAUUUUAACCAUGAUGCUUCUUGAUCAUCAGCACGAGUUCCAGUCGCUAAUGAAUGGGCAUUUUCGGAUUCAGUGUCAUUCAUUUGCUCCCGCUUGUAGCGUUUCUAAAGAUCUGGCAGAUCGGUAUCGUGACCACAUUCGAUGUUAUGUCUAUGAGGACGACAUUGUGAGUCGUCUCAGCUAUGGCAGUAUGAUGGAUGUCAAAACCAUGAUGCUGGGCGCGGUGGAGGCAGCAGCGCAUAUGGGAUUAUCCAAAGUCUUUUUGACGGGUACGGAAGAAGAUUGGAGACCCACGCUGAAAGCGGUUGCAGAAGUUAGAAAGCAGAUCAAGAUUUCACCCGUUCAACACCCUAAGGUGAGGAAAAAACGAACUUUUUAG